AUGGUGAUUGAAGAGAACACUUCGAAUUCUACCAAUCCGUUGCUCGAUUCAACCAAUCCACUUUACAUGCAUCCAUCUGAGAACGUAGGUUCUAUGCUUGUACCAGUAAUUUUUGAUGGAUCCGGGUACAGAUCAUGGAGGCAUGGAGUGCUUAGGGCUCUUUCUGUAAAGAAUAAAAUAGGUUUCAUAAAUGGCAAAUGUGGGAAACCAGACUCAAAGGAUCCUACAUUUGACCAAUGGGAAAGAUGUGACAAUGUAGUGACUUCGUGGAUUUUGAAUUCUCUAUCAAAGGAUUUAGCAGAUAGCUUACAGUAUGUGAAUGAUGCAAAAGAGCUAUGGGAGGAGUUAGAGGACAGAUAUGAUCAAACUAAUGGGGCGAAGCUAUAUCAGCUGCAGAAAGAAAUCAACGAUUUGAGUCAAGGAACACUUAACAUUACUGGAUACUACACUAAGAUGAAGAAGCUAUGGAAAGAGUUGAAUACCCUGAAUGCCCAUGCUCAAUGUAAAUGCCACUGCACAUGUGGUGCCAAGGCAAGCAUGCACAAGGCUGAACAAGACAGGAGGUUGAUUCAGUUUUUGAUGGGAUUAAAUGAAGCUUAUACUGUAGUUAGGGGAAGCAUUCUAAUGAUGAACCCCUUACCUUCCUUAGCACAAGCGUUUGCAAUUCUCAUUCAGGAGGAGAAACAAAGGGAGAUGAAUCCAAACAAUCAUUUGAUGAUUGACUCUAGUGCCUUGAGCGUGAACAGGGCAGCAAGCAACAAUUUUAGAACAACUUAUGGUCAACAGGGAAAUGGAUCUGGAGGCAGUUCCUAUUCAAACUAUAACCAGUCAAGUGGGACUGGAGGUAAUGGCUUCAGAGGAAAUUACCCUACAAAUAGGCCACGACCAGCUUGUGAUUAUUGUAAGAAGCCGGGGCACACCAAAGAUAGAUGCUACAAACUCCAUGGUUAA